AAAUAAUUCAUGUCAAGUGGAAGGUAAGAUCCUGUUUGGCAGAAUUGAAGGGGAUGGAUACAGUGGGCAAGAUGGAGCUCAUUGAAACCCUUUUUAGCUUCUCUGAGAAAGCUGGUGAAAUUGCACGGACAAUACGGAGAGAGCCAAAACUUUUUUCUUUGUUAGUAGAGGAAAAAGGAGAAAACGAGAAAAAUCAAAGGUUUGCUCAAGACUUUAAGACCCUGGCAGAUGUGCUUAUCCAAGAAGCUCUCAGGCAUCAUGUUACACAAACGAUUCCAUCCCUUGGAGAACAUGUACAAGGGGAAGAGAGUGCUGAAUUUACAAAUACUCUUGGGGAACGGGUUAUUGUCCAGAUUUGCGCAACAAAAGAAGAGACGGCUACACUUCUUGAGAAGGUUUUAGAUGGCAACAAAGAAGCUGCAGAACUAUUGGCAGCUGUUGUUCAUACAUCUAUUAUUGUAAAACCUGACUCAACAUUAGCUGCCAAGAUACCAAAAAUACCUCUGGAUAACUUGGGUAUAUGGAUUGAUCCUAUUGAUUCCACUGGCGAAUAUGUUAGAGGUGAGAUUGGAAAGCUGAAUGGAAGCAUAUACAGCAGUGGACUUCCAAGUGUGACUAUCCUCAUUGGUUUUUAUGAUCGCUUUACUGGUGAAAUAAUAGGAGGGGUUGUUAAUCAUCCCUUUGCUGUGUAUGAUGAAGAAAACCAGAGUUGGCGUGGCCAAAUCUACUGGAGUGUCAGUUAUAAUGAUGUCAGAGUCCAUAAUAUGCCAAUCCAUAAACUUGGCUCUGAUGCUACUCGUCCAAUAAUAGUGAUGUCAUCAAGUGAAGAUGUAAAAGUGCAGGAAAUGCUUGGAAAGAAGUUUGACAUUGUUUAUGCUUCUGGCGCUGGAUACAAACUUCUUGUUGUUGCACUUGGUCAAGUGGUGGCAUAUGUUUGCUCCAAAGGUUCAACUUUCCGGUGGGACACAGCAGCACCUCAUGGUCUACUGCAAUCCUUGGGAGGUGGUGUAGUUGUCUACAGACAGUUAUUAACCUCUGCUGAAGAUAAUCAUAUCUCGGAGGAUCUGUUGAAAAGUAUUCAGAUAAAAUACCACAAACCAAAUGUUGAUUCACCAAAAGCCAGCUUACAGUGGAGCAAUGCAGGAGGAAUUGUGGCUUAUAGGGAGACUGAAGUAUUACCAACCAUUUUAGAAUGUUUGAGAAACUCAUAUUGGCGUGGCCAAAUCUACUGGAGUGUCAGUUAUAAUGAUGUCAGAGUCCAUAAUAUGCCAAUCCAUAAACUUGGCUCUGAUGCUACUCGUCCAAUAAUAGUGAUGUCAUCAAGUGAAGAUGUAAAAGUGCAGGAAAUGCUUGGAAAGAAGUUUGACAUUGUUUAUGCUUCUGGCGCUGGAUACAAACUUCUUGUUGUUGCACUUGGUCAAGUGGUGGCAUAUGUUUGCUCCAAAGGUUCAACUUUCCGGUGGGACACAGCAGCACCUCAUGGUCUACUGCAAUCCUUGGGAGGUGGUGUAGUUGUCUACAGACAGUUAUUAACCUCUGCUGAAGAUAAUCAUAUCUCGGAGGAUCUGUUGAAAAGUAUUCAGAUAAAAUACCACAAACCAAAUGUUGAUUCACCAAAAGCCAGCUUACAGUGGAGCAAUGCAGGAGGAAUUGUGGCUUAUAGGGAGACUGAAGUAUUACCAACCAUUUUAGAAUGUUUGAGAAAUUGGCGUGGCCAAAUCUACUGGAGUGUCAGUUAUAAUGAUGUCAGAGUCCAUAAUAUGCCAAUCCAUAAACUUGGCUCUGAUGCUACUCGUCCAAUAAUAGUGAUGUCAUCAAGUGAAGAUGUAAAAGUGCAGGAAAUGCUUGGAAAGAAGUUUGACAUUGUUUAUGCUUCUGGCGCUGGAUACAAACUUCUUGUUGUUGCACUUGGUCAAGUGGUGGCAUAUGUUUGCUCCAAAGGUUCAACUUUCCGGUGGGACACAGCAGCACCUCAUGGUCUACUGCAAUCCUUGGGAGGUGGUGUAGUUGUCUACAGACAGUUAUUAACCUCUGCUGAAGAUAAUCAUAUCUCGGAGGAUCUGUUGAAAAGUAUUCAGAUAAAAUACCACAAACCAAAUGUUGAUUCACCAAAAGCCAGCUUACAGUGGAGCAAUGCAGGAGGAAUUGUGGCUUAUAGGGAGACUGAAGUAUUACCAACCAUUUUAGAAUGUUUGAGAAACUCAUAGAUAAUUUUUUUUUUUUUUCUUUUUCUUUUUUUUUUUAAGAGUAAACAAUAAAUUGGCCACAUAUAUAUAACUUUUUUGGCGUUCUGUCUGUAGAUAUUGAACUUUGUGAUAUCUAGAUUUGGUACAAGAGUGCAAAAUCUAGUACACUUUUGAAUAGUAUUUCUUUAAUUUUAUCUUCAGAAAUUAUACUUAUUAUUUUACCUGAGAUUAUAAGUUAGGAUGCCCACAAUAUUCAUAGGAAGUAUAUUAAUUCAGCAAGAUUCUCAGUUAUAGAUUAAACAUAUUUCACUACUUUCAUUUAUGUAAGAUAUAGUAAGCAGUGGAACUUUUUUAUCUUUUUAUAUCAGAAAAGGCAGACUUCUCUAUUUUACCUAGAUAAAAUUUUUGGCUACCAUUUUUGACAUUCAGCCCAGAUUAUGUAUUUAAGAGAAGAAUAUGACUUUGUAUAAAUAUGAUAAUAUUUUUUUUUUUUUAUUAUACAGAUAAUUUGAAAUGUUAAUAUAUUGUGCAUGUUGAUAUAAAAUUUUACAAUAUGUGUGCAUGUAUGUGUGAGUGUGUUCAUAUGUUUGUGCCUUUAUAAAGAUGUUACUUUUCUUAUUUUUAAACCCAAUGUCUGUAGGUUUAUGUACUGUCCCCUUUAGAUUUUUGUGAAUUUUAUUACAUACAGAUGGCUCCAUGUGUGCUCAGCCACCAAGGAGUCUAUCAGUUGCCCCUAGGGACCACACCUGAUUGCCCCAUUCCCUGAAUUUGCAGAAAUUUUUUUUUCUUUCUGUUAUUAUUCUUAUUGAUAUUAUGAUUAUUAAGUUGUUAUUAAGAUAUUAAUAACAUCAAAGAUAAUAAAAUAAUAGAAAUGAAGCUUUCAAAAAAUCAAGGAAAAAGGUAAACUGUUGAGAUAGGUAAGACUAAUAGCUGACUCCUUGGUGACUUGUAGAGUCAUCUAUGACAGUAGAUGAACUUUAUUACAGUGGGCAUGGCAUUGUAAUCUUGCCACCCAUGCUAAUUGGGAAAACUGAAAUGAAGUAUUUCAUGAUAGUUCUGUUUAAAAUUCUAAUUGUGGAGCAGCAUAUUUCCAUGAUUUUAAUGCAGUUAGGUGUGUUUUUGUGGAAAAGAAUUGCUUACAUGCUGUAUCUAUCUAGAUAACUAAUAUGAUCAAAUAAGAUUGUUUAAGUACAGUCAGUACUUAUUCAUUCUGGAUUUCAUCCAUUCUUGUCAUGAAGCACUGAAUACCCUUGUCCUGGGUGGCAGUUAUCCAUGCCAAGAACAGUUGAGCUUGUUCUGUUUUGUGUAAUAAACAAUCAUUCCCAUAUUUGGCUGUCUAUACUAAUUGAAGGGGUACAGCUUCCAAAGUAGGCUCUUUUUAGUCGUCAUUAAAAAUGUUUAGUUUUUAUUUAAAAAGUCAUAUAUGCUGCAGCCAGAAUUGUAGACAUUGAGGAGAACAUGUUUUCUGUGAUUUUAAUUUAUCACAAGUUUGACUGAUUGUCCCUGGCAUGUGGCUCUAUUUGGUGUGGGUUAAUAUUUAGGGAUGGUCUCAUAUGUAAGACUGUAAGAUUGUUGGUAGCUUGUAUAUUGAGGGCAAGUCUUAGCCAUAUUGUCUAUUACAUUUUAUAUUUUGAAAAAUCUGGUUUGUAUGCUGUAUUUGUUAUAUUUGGUAACUAUUGUUGAUCUCCGAUAAAAAUGGCACUGCAUAUGACUAUUAUAGAGAUAAAAGACAAUGUUGACUGAGUGUUCAUUAAGAUUAUAUAGCUUCUGUACCUGGAAUGGACAUACAGAAAUAUCUUAACUUGUCCCCUGCACCUGUGUAGAAGUGCAGGAGAUAGAUUAUGAUUCCACAGUAUCAGGAAUGAUAGUAAUCUGAGGAUAGGUUGUUCAUGUAUGUUGAAGUAAUGAAAAAAUGCUUUCCACUUUGUUUAGCUUAUUUUCUUAAUGUUUAUUGAGAUACUUCUAGAAGUUGUAUGGUAGUUAAGCCUCAAGGCUCCUCAGAAAGAAGUGUGUCAUAUUAUUAAUAAGAUUAUAUAGCCUCUGUACCUGGGAUGGACAUACAGAAAUAUCUUGACUUGACCUGUGUAGAAGUGCAGGAGAUAAAUUAUGAUUGCCCAGUAUCAGGAAUGAUAGUGAUCUGAAGAUAGGUUGUUCAUGUAUGUUGAAGUAAUGAAAAAAAUCAUGCCUU